GUCCUAUAUUCGUGGAUAAGCAUCAUCACUCCGCCAAAUAGUUUAGCCUCUAAUUAUUUUUAUCAUGAAAGUGUUCUUCUGCGUUCUGGCUGUGGUGGCUGCUGCUUCACCCUCAGCCGCGAUCCUUGAUAAGCUCCUUGGAUUAGGAGGAGGAAGUGGAUUUGGCCACAGUGGAAGCAGUUUUGGUCGUGGUAAAUUCAGUGGAGGAGGUGGAUUUGGAGGUGGCGGUGUUGGAUAUGGCGGAGGAUACGGUGGUGGAUACGGAGGCGGAUACGGAGGAGGAUACGGUGGUGGAGAAAAUGUUAAAAUCAUUAAAGUAAUUAUUCCAAGCGGUGGAGGAGGUGGUGGUGGUUACAUCGGUGGAGGUGAUAGUGGUAUCAUUGGUGGUGGAUUCAGCUCUGGUGGAAGCUAUGCCGGUGGAUUUUCUGGUGGAGCGUCUUAUCAGGUAGUAGCCGCACCAGCUCCAGCUCCGAUUUCAGCUUCUUACAUUCCAGCUCCCGCACCAAUUCAAGUUCAAGCUCCAAUAAUUUCCCAGCAACCAAUAGCUGCUAGUGGUCCAAUCGGAGGCUUCUCAAGUGGAGGCGGAAACAUUAUUAAAGUUAUAAAAGUGAUCAUUCCUAAAACCGUUUCCAGUGGUGGAUAUUCAUCUGGUGGUGGAGGUUAUGUAUCCGGCGGAGUUGGAGGUGGAUAUUCUAACAAUCAAGUUGUUCAACCCAUUUAUGUCAGCAGUGGAAACAGUGGUUACGCUGGAGGUUAUUCAAGUGGUGGUGCUUAUGUUUCGGGUAAUGCAGGUGCUGUGAGUCAAGUAUCUCCACCUGUCUUUAAUCUUACACCACCACUAAAUCAAAUUUCAACUGGCCUCGCUAGCGGAGGUGGAUAUCAAUAUGGUGUUCCAACAUCAGGAGGAUGUUAAUUUUAAAUAGUAAAAAUAGUUUUGUAAAUAAGAAUAUAAAUAUAUGCAAAUUGUACACGAGCAAAUUGUAUAAUUAUUUUAAAAAUAAAUCGAAAAACUUAACGAA